AUGAAAUUUGAGCAAUCAGAAACAUGGAUUGGCGAGUGGAUGAGAAAACGUGGCAACCGCGACCAGAUGGUCAUCUCCACCAAGUACACGACCAACUUCAAGGCUGGCCCCAAUCACCCUCACAUCAUGGCCAACUGUGUUGGAAAUGGCACAAAGAGUCUACAUGUAUCUGUCAAUGCCAGCUUGAAAAAGCUGCAAACUGACUACAUUGACCUUUUAUAUAUUCAUUGGUGGGACUUCAGCGCGUCCAUUCCAGAAGUUAUGCAAUCUUUGAACCAGCUAGUCGCUACUGGCAAAGUCCUGUACUUGGGGAUCAGUGAUGCUCCGGCUUGGAUUGUGAGCAAGGCUAAUGAAUAUGCCCGAAACCAUGGUCUUCGCCAGUUCUCUGUCUACCAAGGGCGAUGGUCCGCCUCUUGUCGGGAUCUAGAACGUGAUGUCAUUCCCAUGUGCAAAGCUGAAGGCAUGGCCAUCACUCCUUGGGGCUCACUUGGUGGUGGAAACUUUAAGACAGAAGAAGCUCGAAGGUCCAACGAAGGUCGUAAAUCAGAGAUUAGCGACGCCGAUGUCAAAACGAGUCAAGCACUUGAGGCGAUCGCAGUCCGCAAAAACACGGCCAUCACUAGUAUUGCAUUGGCCUACAUAAUGCACAAGACGCCAUAUGUGUUUCCCGUCAUAGGGGGGCGAAAGGUGGAACAUCUGAAGGGUAAUAUUGAGGCACUCACCAUCGAACUUACAGAUGAAGAGGUUCAGGAAAUCGAGAGCGCUGUGCCCUUUGAUUUGGGCUUCCCACAUAACUUCCUAUGGGGGCAACAGGUACCCAAUCCGUUGCAGAAUAUCUGGUUAUUAUCAACCGCCGGAGACUUUGAUCAUGUCGAGGAUGCCAAGCCCAUCAAGCCGAAGAAAUAUGGAGAGUAG